AUGGCGGCGAAGCGAAAAGCGGCGGCGACCGAAGAAUCCACAGACAUCCUCCCGCCGGACAUGGUCGCCGUGAUCCUCUCCAAACUCCCCGUCCGAUCAAUUCUCCAGUUCCGAUCAGUCUCCCGUCUAUGGCACUCCAUCAUCUCCGAUCCUCACUUCCCUAAAAUCCAAUCCCUAUCUACCUCUUCUUCCCGGCGACGAUUCUUCACAUCGGAAAACAAUUCCGGCCAAUUCCGCUUCCUCAAUUUCACCGGCCGAUCCUUCCGCGCCGAAACCCUCGCCGGAAACCCCUUAUCCGACGACGGCAGCGGCGACAAAAUCAGCCGCUCCGACGCCCCCAUCCCCAAAAUCCUCUCCUCCUGCGACGGAUUACACCUCCUCGACACGACGGACCGGAAAACGAUCAUCCUCUUCAACCCUAGCACCAGAGUUUCCGCCAAAAUCCGGUGGGGAGGCGACUCGCCGGCGGGGUGGGGGCUCUGCCGCGACGCGGCGACCGGCGAUUACAAAGUGGUGAUCAUCACGAAAUCGAGGUCGUAUUUCGUCUACUCCUGCCGGCGAAUGACGUGGUCGCAGGGAAAACUGUUUUUCCGGCGGUUCAAAUUCAUCACCGACAGCGGGGUUUUCAUCGGCACGGCGUUCUACUGGAUAAUCGACGGCGUCGUCGUCGAAAGCCAAAAGUCUAGAAGGCACUUAGUCUGGUACGACGCCGCCGGCGACCGGUGGGACAAUCUCCGGGUCCCGGACCAGGCGCAGGACCACAGUUUCGUGGCGCCGGCGAUGCUCGGAGAUUCGUCGCCGGGGAUCAUUUGCGUGAAGCUUAGGGGACACGCUUUUGCCCGGCUAUGGAGAUUGGAGAAAAACGGGGAAUCGAAAACGUGGAAGAAAUUGGUUACGGUGGUGACGAGGGUGGACAGGUGUGGGGUUUAUAAGCACACAGACUGUCCGAUGAGGCCGCCGGUGAGUCUGAGCGAGAAUCUGGUGAUGAUAUUUGUGGAUUGUACGAGGUAUGUGGUGUACGAUGUUGUGUUGGAGAGGAUGGUGGGGGGGGUGAGGAAGAUGCCGCAGAAGUGGGGGGGGAAGAUCGUGGCUUGUUUGGAUCGGCUGGAUUUUCCGAUGAACACGAGGUCGGUGCCAUGGCGGAAGUGCAGGAGGAAUUCUAGGAUUUCGUUAAAGGGUUCUUGA